GAUUUGACAAUACCGCGCCGGCACCUGAUUGGAGGAGGCGAUUAGCCGCUACUGAUCAAUUUGGUAUAAAUGGUGCGGGAUCCGUAUCCAGAAAUCAGAUUCAUCCGAAGUUCUAUCCUAUCGGGAGCAUCUUCUACUCUGACCAUGCAGUUCCUAAUCGUCGCUUGCGCUCUUUUGGGCGUGGCUCUUGGCCAGUACAACACAUACCAAGGCUUCCCAGGCUACCAGGGCAACCAGGGAUACCCAGGAUACCAGGGCAACCAGGGAUACCCAGGAUACCAGGGAUACCGGGGAUACCAGGGAUACCAGGGAUACCCAGGAUACCAGGGAUACCAAGGAUACCAGGGAUACCAAGGAUACCAGGGAUACCGUGGCUACCCCGGAUUCCAGCCCGCCAAGCCUGUUGAGACCAAAGAGAAGGAAAUAGUCCCGGUCAAAUCGGUCUUCCCCGUCAAUCCAGUCGUCACUCCAGUCUACACCAAGGGAGCGUACGAAAGCGGAGUCUACGCCCGUAUUUUGGCCCAAGAACAGGAUGUCUCUCCGGACGGUUCUUACUCCUACAGAUACAGUACUGACAACGGAAUCUCCGCUGCCGAGAGCGGCUCUCCCGCCAACGGUCCCACCGGUCCAGUAGAGGUUGUUAACGGAGAGUACUCUUACGUCGCCCCCGACGGUACUCCCUUCCAAGUCCGAUACGUCGCUGACGGAAACGGCUUCCACCCCCAGGGUGUCCACAUCAGCACUGUAGGUUCAGGAUACGCCCGACAGUACGAGGGUCGCGCCCUUAACGUUGUGGCUAAGCCCGUAGAAGCAGCAAAGAACAAGGAAAUACGGAGAAGGAGUCCUGAUCACUUUCAUAUAAAUAGAGCGAACUCGGACUCCAGAAAUCAAAUUAACCCGGAGCUCAAUCCUCUCGACAGCAUCAUAUCGUUGAACAUGCAGUUCUUAAUCGUCGCUUGUGCUCUUUUGGGAGUGGCUCUUGGCCAGUACAUCGGGUAUCCAGGAUACGAAGGAUACGCUGGAUACUCCGGCGUGUACCCAGGAUACCGAGGAUACUCGGGAUACCCAGGAUACACGGGAUAUCCAGGAUACCGAGGAUACUCGGGAUACUCAGGAUACUCUGGAUUAUACCCAGGAUACGCAGGAUACGACGGAUACCGUGGCUACCCCGGAUACGCCGGCUACCAGACCUUCAAGCCCAUCGAAUCAAAGGCGAAGGAAGCAUUCAAGAAAAUUGCAACGGUAGCCGAGGUUAACCCAGUGUUUCCGGUAGUCGCUCCAGUCGUCCCGAUCGUCCCGAAGGCGUUGGGAAGCGAAUCCUACGCCCGCAUCGUCAACCAGGAUCAGGCCAGCGCUCCGGAUGGUAGUUACAGGUAUAGCUACCAGACUGAGAAUGGAAUCACUGCUGCCGAGAGCGGCUCAUCAGUCGUUGGUCGCAACGGUCCAGAAGAGGCUGUGGUCGGAGAGUACUCUUACACCGCCCCCGACGGAACUCCCAUCCAAGUCCGUUACACCGCUGAUGAAAACGGUUUCCAUCCCCAAGGAGUCCACAUCCCGAGCACCGCCAGAUACCAGAAAAGAGCCGCUUCUGCCGCUGAAAAAUGAAACUUGGCGAAGACACUGUCAAGGCUGACCGACAAGGCUACGAGCUGCGACCGUCGUCGAACCCUAAAACGAACUAAUAUUAAUUAUGACACAUAAAUUCAUGUUAGAUCUGUUUCAUUUUUUACCGAUAAUCCAGCUAUAUACGAUUAACGCUAUUGUAAUUAACGUCCGAUGUAUAACGGGAUUUGAAUAAAAAACAUAUACCCACGACAA